AUGUUUAUCCUUUCUGCUGUUUCUUCUUCUUCCUCCUCUUCUUCCUCUGUUCCUUCUUCACUUCCUCCAUUUUCCCUCUCUCCUUCCAUUUCUCUCUCCUUCUCUAGGGUUUCUCUCCCUCCUUCAUCCUCCUCCUCCUCCUCUUCUCUCAAGCUUUUUCUUCCCCUUUCUCUUCAUUUCACUCCUCCCAAGCUUUCUUCCCCUCACUCCUCCCUUCGCUUCUCCGCUUCCAGAGCAAUGGCGGAGCUUAUUCAAGACAAGGAGUCCGCCCACACCCCCUCCACUACUGACGUAACCAGGAAUGACCCACCUCACUCCCGCGCAUUUCUUGAUCUUCGCUCCGAAGAAGAGUUACUCUCCUGCAUCAGGAGGGAAACAGAAGCUGGAAAGCUGCCUUCAAAUGUUGCUGCAGGAAUGGAAGAAUUGUAUCAGAAUUAUAGGAAUGCUGUUUUUGAGAGUGGUAAUCCAAAGGCAGAUGAAAUUGUAUUGUCUAACAUGACCGUUGCAUUAGAUCGCAUAUUGCUGGAUGUGGAGGAUCCUUUUAUGUUCUCACCACACCACAAAGCAAUUCGAGAGCCUUUUGAUUACUACACGUUUGGUCAGAACUAUGUCCGUCCACUGAUUGAUUUUGAAAAUUCAUUCGUUGGUAACCUUUCUCUUUUCAAGGAUAUUGAAGAGAAGCUCCAUCAGGGUCACAAUGUUGUCUUGAUAUCAAAUCAUCAAACUGAAGCAGAUCCAGCUAUUAUUUCAUUGUUGCUUGAAAAGACAAAUCCAUAUAUUGCCGAAAACAUGAUCUAUGUGGCAGGGGAUAGAGUUAUUGCAGACCCUCUUUGCAAGCCCUUCAGCAUUGGAAGGAAUCUAAUUUGUGUUUAUUCAAAAAAGCACAUGCUCGAUAUUCCUGAACUUGCAGAAACGAAAAGGAAAGCAAACACACGUAGUCUAAAAGAGAUGGCUUUACUUUUAAGGGGUGGGUCACAACUAAUAUGGAUUGCACCCAGCGGUGGCAGGGAUCGACCGGAUCCAUCCACUGGAGAAUGGUACCCAGCACCCUUUGAUGCUUCUUCAGUGGACAACAUGAGAAGGCUCCUUCAACACUCCGGUGCUCCUGGUCAUUUGUAUCCCCUUGCUUUAUUAUGUUAUGACAUCAUGCCGCCUCCUUCACAGGUAGAAAUCGAAAUUGGAGAAAAAAGAGUCAUUUCCUUUAAUGGGACGGGUUUGUCGGUGGGCCCUGAAAUCAGCUUCGAUGAAAUUGCUGCUUCCCGUGACAAUCCUGAUGAGGUUAGGGAGGCAUACUCGAAGGCACUGUAUGAUUCUGUGGCCAAGCAAUACAAUGUUCUCAAAGCUGCUAUUGACGGCAAACAAGAACUAGAAGCAUCAGUUGCGGAUGUCUCGUUAUCACAACCUUGGAUCUAGUCAUUUGGAAUCAUUUUCACGUUCAAUUCAUUUCAUUAUCAGGUCAGGACAUAAUUUGACAGUUUCGCAACUCACAGGACGCCAUUGAUCAUUCAAUUCGUGCAUGAACUGUAAAAGGAAACCGAUUCUUUCACUCAUUGACAUCUCAAAGGAUUUUUUCCAAUUUACAGGCCUAUCUCCUACCCCAAGCAUGUGCAUUUCAAUAGACAUCGAAACUGCCUCAAAUACUUGACCUCUCUUCGUAAUGUACAGAUUUUUCAUAUCUUUUAGAAAAAGAACAUUCACAGUGAUUAUUCGCACUAUUUCUAAAGUGUAUAUGUUUCCUUACCAUUUUCGUGUUUAUAUACUUCGCUUAAUUUGUACCAAGUCUUCUCUUUCACUUGAUACCUUCUGAUAUAGAACAAUAAUCUUACUCAAAUUCUCA